AUGGCACCAACAAGGAAACAGUCGAGUUUGCCAGCGGGCUACAAGGAGGACCACAGCAAAGGCGCCAUGCUGCGCUUUGAAGAUUCUCUCCCACGACUCCCCGUUCCCACACUAGAGGAAACCGCAAAGCGAUACCUCAAGUCCGUUCACCCACUCCUCUCCCAGAACGAAUUCGACGCGACCACAAAAGCCGUCAACGAAUUUGUAGCCCCUGGUGGUCCCGGAGAGAAACUACAGAAGCGCUUGGUGGAGCGGAGAGAGGACCCCAAACACAGGAACUGGAUCUACGAGUGGUGGAAUGAUGCUGCCUACAUGGCCUACCGCGACCCCGUCGUGCCAUACGUCAGCUACUUCUACUCGCACCGCGAUGACAGGAAGAGGCGAAACCCGGCAAAGCGUGCUGCUGCCCUGUCAACAGCCGUGCUCGAAUUCAAGAAGAUGGUCGAUGAAGGCAGUCUGGAGCCCGAGUACAUGAAGAAGCUCCCCAUGGCCAUGAGCUCCUAUGAGCACAUGUUCAACUGCUGCCGUGUCCCCAAGAAGCCAUCAGACACCAGCGUAAAGCACUCUUACAAGGAGAACGCGCACAUCAUCGCCAUCAGGAAGAACCAGUUCUGGAAGAUUCCCCACGAGAUCAAUGGAAAGCAACUCAACACUAGCGAGCUCGAGCUCCAGUUCAAGCGCGUUUACGAGAAGGCUGAAAAGGCACCCGCAGUCGGCAGCCUCACGUCUCAAAACCGUGAUGUCUGGUCAGACGUAUACCCCAAGCUCAAGGCUGCCUCGAGCGUCAAUGCCGCAACACUUCAGGAGAUUGAAGCCGCAUCAUUCAUCGUCUGCCUCGACGACGCUUCUCCCGUUACUCUCGAAGAGCGCGCACACCAAUAUUGGCACGGCGACGGCGCAAACCGCUGGUACGACAAGCCCCUCCAAUUUAUUGUCAACGAGAACGGCACAUCAGGUUUCAUGGGCGAGCACUCCAUGAUGGACGGUACACCCACCCACCGCCUCAACGACUAUGCGAACCAGCAAAUCUUCAGCAACGCCCUUCCCUUCGACGACCCCAACGUACGCUCCGACCUCCCUAACCCGAAACCCCUUCGAUUCGAGAUCAACAAGGAGCUGCAACAGGACAUUGCCGACGCGCAAGCACAUUUCGCCAGCCAGAUUGGCGCACACGAGCUCAGAGUACAGGCAUACCAAGGCUACGGCAAGGGCUUGAUCAAGAAGUUCAAGUGCAGUCCUGACGCCUACGUACAAAUGAUCAUCCAACUUGCAUACCACAAGUUCUAUGGCAAGAACCGUCCUACCUACGAAUCUGCUGCUACCCGUCGCUUCCAGCAAGGCCGAACAGAGACAUGCAGGACCGUCUCGGACGAGAGUGUCGCUUUCUGCAACGCCAUGGCCGAUGCUGACGCCUCACCUGAGGAGUGCCAGAAGAAGUUGAGAGCGGCGCUUGAUGCACACGUCAAGUACAUUUCGGAUGCUAGUGAUGGACGUGGUGUCGACCGUCAUCUUUUCGGACUGAAGAAGUGCCUCAAGGAGGGUGAGGAAGUACCUGCUCUGUACCAGGACCCAGCCUACUCAUACAGCUCCACAUGGUUCAUUUCGAGUUCGCAGUUGUCAAGCGAGUACUUUAACGGUUACGGAUGGUCGCAAGUCAUCGACGACGGAUGGGGCAUCGCCUACAUGAUCAACGAGAACAGCAUUCAGUUCAACGUCUGCUCAAAGGGACUCGGUUCGGAAAAGAUGAGCUUCUACCUCAACGAGGCCGCCGGUGACAUGAGGGAUAUCAUGCUGCCCACUUUGGACGCGGCAAAGGCAAAGUUGUAG